AUGGCAGCCACAACAGCCAAACAAGCAGGCCGCGUCAUCUUCUCCGGCAUCCAGCCGACGGGGAUACCUCAUGCAAGUACACCCACUGCAUCCAUAUCCAUGCACUCGCACUCGACUCCACACCGCGAUCCACCGCUCAAAGUCAACCAUUGCAUCUCCCUACAAGCACUGACCGCAGCUGCUGUUCCCCAUUUCCCUGAUCGUUAGAUCGGUAAUCACCUCGGAGCUCUCUCGCAAUGGCAAACACUCGUACAACAAGCGUCGACCCAACCACCCGAAGCAAGGGACCAGCUCUUCUUCUCCGUCGUCGGAUUGCACGCCCUGACCGUUCCUCAGGUCAGUCAGAGCUGCUCUCCCCGAUUCCCGGCUUGCCACUCAAAGAAAGCAGUCCUCUUCCCCCACCAGGACCCGAGCCAACUGCGCCAAGAACGAAGAGACAUGUUCGCCGUCCUCCUCGCGCUCGGACUCGGACUCGACUCCUCCCACGCGACCGUAUUCCACCAAGACCAGGUGCCUCAACAUGCCGAGUUGGCUUGGUACCUCAAUUGCAUCACUCCAGUCAAUAGGUUGAUGAGGAUGACGAGCUGGAAAGUGAGCUUCCACCCCCCCCCCCCCCGUUCAGCUACAAAUUUCGGGUCCAAGUGGAGAUGAACAGCUGAAGAUCUCUUCCGCCCCCACGGAAUCCCAUCUUGUAGAGUAAGUUGGCGACUUUACGCAACGCCAAUUCGGAAGACGAAGUCGACGACUCGCUACUCCAACUCGGAUUGUUGGCCUAUCCGGUCCUUCAAGCCGCGGAUGUAUUGCUCUACAAGUUUCGUGCCAGCUCUCACCUUCCUUCACCGGAUAAAAUGGACUCAUCCCAUCUUGACCGCUUGCGCAGAACGACCCAUGUUCCCGUAGGACAUGAUCAAGCACAACAUCUUGAACUCGCAAGGGAUACAGCCCAGAGUUGGAAUGCACGCUAUCCCGGUGCGCGGAAGGAUGGAAAAAAGGGGAAGGGCAGAGGGGUAUUUAUAAUUCCCGAGGUUAUGCUGAGUACGUCCGAAUACGCUCCUCUACUCCUCGAUACGAUCAUCUAAACACAACCACUGACAAGAAUAAAGCACCUUCAACCUUCCUUCUCCCAGCCGAACACCCGCGCAUCCAAUCCCUUCGGAACCCCCUCCAAAAAAUGUCGAAAUCGUCCCCGAACGCUUCCUCCAAAAUCCUGCUCACCGAUACACCCUCCGAAAUCACCUCCAAGAUCAAAUCCGCCGUCACCGAUUCCCUCUCGACUUCUUCCAUCACGUGGGAUCCCGAACAUCGACCUGGGAUUGCGGGAUUGUUGAGGAUUCAUUCGGGCUAUUCGGGGGAGAAUAUCGAGAGUCUCGCGAAGAGGUUCGAGAAGAGGGGUGUACAGGAUUUGAAGGCGGAGGUGACGCAGGUCGUUAUAGAAGCUUUGAGAGGGUUCAGAGAAGAGUUUGCGAGGAUUAGAGGAGAGACGGGCUGGUUGAUGGAGAGGGAGAAAGAAGGGGCGGAGAAGGCGAGAGAGGUCGCGGAGAGGACGAUGAAGGAGGUUAGAGGGGUUGUAGGAACUGACUAG